UAUCGCUGCGUGCGCUAGAUUGGCUCGUUCUAAACGUCACACAAUCGAAAUCCGCUAAGCAAAAAUAUAACUUUUUUUUUCUAUUGGCGGUUGUAUUCUUUUAAAGUGCAAAAUGGCUUACGUUAGGACAUGUUAGCCUUUCGUGUUUUUUUUUAGAUACGUGAGAGCAAACGAUUUUUAAGUGUUGUAUUUUCCCAUGUCCGUACUUCAAGAAACGCUCAAUUGUCACUUGUACAUCUACGAUACUUAUAUUUUUUAAAAAUAUCAGAACAUUAUGCACAUUGUUAAAUCUCUAUGAACUUAAGACUUCUAACGCUGCAUAAAACAUGACCAUUUAAAAAGGUGGGGGUAAAAACGAGAUGUUUGGAGCGCGAAUGUUUGCUAUAUUAGACGAUGUACUUUCUAGAUAAGAAAAGGACAAAGUUGCACCGACAAAAUAUUUACUUGAUUCCGUUCUUGCAAAUGUUGGACACAGUAUAGUGGUUUUGCUGUUAUUUCUAGUAAUUCCUGUGGCUCUCUUUUCCUUAUUGCGCUUCUACACCGGCCGAAACAUACAGUUUGAUGCGCACAGGAUAAAGCAAGAGGACCUUGUAAAAUGAUUAAGCUAAACGAAAUUAGCCAUGGCUACAAAAGACGACAGGGACAAGAUGUCCUCAAUAGCCGGCCUGUUUGAAACGAAAGCAAUAAUGUGUGAAGCCGACGAUGGCACCCGAACCAAUGAAUAUAGCGAGUUAUAGCAGAAUCAGGUGACCUUAAAUUCUGUCAACAGGUAUCUCGAUGACAUUUUUUGUAUGUGCCGCCGAAGACAUAAAGCCAAAGCCCUCGAUCACGGCCAAUGGCUGCCGGACCACGGGAAGCAGUUGCGUGAAUGACGUACUGUUGGAGACCACCGCAAAAAUAAGACUAGUCAGAAUGAAGUCCGGACAGGCAGCCAGACUCGACUUUCAUGAGGUUGCUCGUGAACUGGGUGUGGACGACCUGACACGAGGCCUCAGUUGGUCGGAUGCUAAUCGCCGCCUGCAUCAAUUUGGCCCUAAUGAAUUUUGCAUGGCUUCUCAAGAAUCGCUGUUUACAAAGUACCUCGAACAGUUCCAGAACCCCCUUAUAUGCUUGUUGUUAGCCUCUGCCCUCGUGUCGAUUCUCAUGGCACAGUAUGACGACGCUGUAUCGAUCACUGUAGCGAUAGUUAUCGUCGUCUCCGUUGCCUUCGUUCAAGAAUAUAGGUCCGAGAAGUCAUUAGAAGAAUUGUCAAAACUUGUAGCGCACACCUGUGCUGUCUUACGGGACGGCCAGGUCGAACAUAUGGCGGCACGAAAUCUCGUACCGGGUGAUGUAGUGCUUCUACAAAUCGGCGAUCGUGUGCCUGCAGAUGUGCGACUAUUCCACUGCAAUCAGUUGCAAAUCGAUGAGAGUAGUCUAACGGGUGAAACGGAACCAGCAGCAAAGCACAGCGAAGCUCUACCUAAUUCAGCCGGCUCCGAUGUGUCAUCUAAGGCGAGUAUCGCUUUCAUGGGUACACUGGUGCGGUAUGGCAAUGGCCGAGGUGUCGUGAUCAAUACUGGCGAGCAGUCAGAAUUUGGUGAUAUUUUCCGAAUGAUGAAAGCAGAAGACUCACCAAAAACACCUUUACAACGAAGCAUGGAUUCGCUCGGCAAGCAGCUGAGUGUGUAUUCGUUUGCCAUUAUUGGUGUCAUUAUGCUAGUAGGGUGGCUGCAGGGGAGACCCUUAGUGUCAAUGUUCAAUAUCGGCGUGUCGUUAGCUGUUGCGGCAAUUCCUGAAGGACUACCGAUUGUAGUCACAGUUACACUCGCACUUGGAGUAAUGCGAAUGGCUAAGCGGAAGGCCAUUGUGAAAAAACUACCCACGGUUGAGACUUUGGGAUGCGUGAACGUAAUCUGCUCUGACAAAACUGGUACACUCACGAAGAAUGAGAUGGCGGUAACUGAUGUGAUUACUGCGGACCUUAACCGUGUUCAGCUUCGAGACGGCCAUCACGCUAUAUCCGAGACAGUUCAUGAUCUUCAGAACGUUAGAGAGGUUCUUAAAUGCGGCGCCAUCUGUAACAACGCCGAUAUUGUUUCCGGCAUGGAGCUACGCGGCCAGCCAACAGAAAGCGCGCUACUAUUGGCUGCAGAUAAAAUGGGAGUUUAUGAUAUAAGAAAUGAUUAUGUAAGGGACGAAGAGAUUCCGUUCAGCAGUGAGACAAAAAUGAUGUUAGUUCGUGUCCAUCCCAGGGUGAGUCCAGACGAACACUUCAUAUUUGCAAAGGGUGCGCUUGAAGUCGUGUUGGAACGAUGCACUCAUAUCUACUUGCAACGCACUUGGCAUCCAUUAAUAGCUGAGCAACGUAACGUACUCUUAGAAGAAGGGCGACGGUUAGCUCGUCAAGGCCUUCGUGUCUUGGGCGUGGCCAGUGGACAGGAUCCUCGAAGCAUGGCUUUCAUUGGUAUGGUAGGCAUUUUGGAUCCUCCUCGACCGGGUGUCAUGGAAUCUAUACAGACAUUGCAAAACUGUUCCGUUGACGUUAAAAUGGUAACGGGCGACGGAUUAGAGACUGCUCAGGCUAUUGCAAACCGCAUUGGACUUCGACCAGGGCGAGCCGUUUCUGGAUACGACAUUGAACGUAUGGACGAACUACAACUUGCAAACAUCGUCAAGGAUGUAGCCGUAUUCUAUCGCACGGGCCCUGCACAUAAACUGCGUAUUGUUAAGGCGCUUCAGAGUAAUGGAUUAAUCUGUGGAAUGACCGGGGAUGGAGUGAACGAUGCUGUGGCUCUCAAGAAGUCAGAUAUUGGGAUCGCAAUGGGGCGUCAGGGCACCGACGUAUGCAAGGAGGCAGCUGACAUGGUCUUACUUGAUGAUAACUUCUCAACCAUGAUGGCAGCCAUAGAAGAAGGAAAAGCCAUAUUUUACAACAUACGUAAUUUCGUUCGUUUCCAAUUGUCAACUUCGAUAAGUGCACUCUCUUUAAUUGCAAUUUCUACUUUGAUUGGUAUUCCAAAUCCGCUGAAUGCCAUGCAGAUCUUGUGGAUUAACAUCAUUAUGGAUGGCCCUCCAGCACAAUCGCUCGGUGUCGAACCGGUGGACCAUGACGUAUUAAAUCAGCCUCCGCGAGACACAAAAAAGCCAAUGAUCGACCGAGGACUCGUAAUCAAUGUACUUCUGUCAGCUCUUAUUAUUAUAACUGGCACGCUCUAUGUAUUUAAACGGGAGAUGAGUGAUCAGGUGGUGACACGCCGAGACACUACGAUGACAUUUACGUGCUUCGUGUUUUUCGACAUGUUCAACGCGUUGUCAUGUCGCUCGCAUACUAAAUCGGUGUUCCAAAUUGGUCUGUUGUCGAACAGACCCUUCUUAUUCGCUGUAAUUUUUUCUUUAGCAGGGCAAAUGGCUGUAAUCUACGCCCCUCCCCUGCAAUACGUUUUUCAGACGGCACCACUCUCAGCAUUCGAUAUCUUGGAACUUCUUUGUGUUUCUAGUACUGUAUUCAUAUUCAGUGAAGCGAAAAAGUACUUUGAAAGGACGUCACUGUCGAAAAGGACAAACGACCAACUACCUAACAAAAUAACCGGAUCACAAAAGCCAUACUGCGAUUUUGUGUAAGAGGAUACUUUCCAAAGCUGUGUAAAGGAUGAUCAAUGCUUACUACUUAUGCUCUAAUGAGGAGCAUAAAUACUGCUCAUUAGGGUCCCAUUAGAUUCGAUAUCACGAUAACAGUUGUGCUGUUUAUAUAAAAACACCAGCAUUUCAUGUAAAAAACUUACUUUUCAAUACGAAAUUCGAGUUCCUAGAACGCAUCAUUACAGGGAACAAUGCAUGGUAAUAGUUUGAAUUUCAAAAAAGGAGGUGGGUAUUGUACUAACAUUCAGCAGAGGAAUCAUCAAGCGGGUCGAGGGAUUCGGGUUCACAUAGCUUUGUUAUUUGGAUCUUGAGUCUCUGAUAGGCAUGAGAAGAGAGGCGUGUCGCUACUCAUUACGUAUGACUCGGCUGCCCAAAAUUUUUUUGUGGUAAAUUUUGCUAAGGAAAUUAAAACACAUUAAGUGUAAAAGUGAUAAUUGGAGGACGUCGUAGUAAGAUGUGGAAACGGCUAACUCUAGCAAGAUGUUCAAUGCAAACGUUCUAUAUAAAGACACGCAGACGUACAUACAAAACGGAACGGCAAAAAAACAAGUACGCGCGUAUCCAAAUGAUGCAGUAAACAGAAGUGAGCGAUCCAAUUAUUUAAAGGAAAGUGGGUGCUGAAAUGGAUAGUAUUCUGUGACGGUAUGAAUAUGCAGGUAUUUUAGCGGAAAUUGUACGAUAAAUGAAUUUUACGCAUUUCAAAUGUUCACCUGCGAACUUCUCCAUGGAAUGUCAGAUUCGGCAUGAAACACGUGUCUGACUAUACUUAUGAAGCGGAAGUUAUUAACUUAUCAUUAUUAUUACAUGGCCAUGGUUCAAGAAUCUCACAUAGUUAACUAAAAGCUUUUUGCAGCCAUCUUUAAAACGCAGUAAAAUUUUUACUGAUUAUAUGGUCUUAGCUCAUUUGAUAAUUAUUAUUCCUUAUAUUACGGGCAGCAACCAUUUAGAGCACAUUGAUGAAGACAUGUAUAUAUACAUAUAUAUGGACGAUUGCAAACCGAAUCGGCAAGUCAGGUGCUUAGAUUCUAGGUAGAGAGUGUUCCGGAAUUUACGCAUUCCUAUGGAAGCUUAAGGUUUCAGAGUUUCAAAACAAUCCUCCCAUAUAAAAUUUCUUCUUCCUCCCUGUAAAUUAAUUCCUGUAUAUUAUCUGACUUUUGAAAAAAAGAACAAAAGUUUUAUACGAAUGUAUAUCUUAAAAGACACCGAUCUUAAAUAUUAGUAGGUAAAUAACAUUUCAACCAGAGCUUGAACACCUCUAAAAACCUGUUAAGACUCUUCUUUUUUUGUUGUUCUGAAAUAAACAGUAUAUCCAAAUUUGUAUCGACGCGAAAAUUAAUCGAAGUUUGACUGUAAAAAAAAUAACAAUGUUAUUUUUUUACAGUCAAACUUCGAUUAAUUUCCUAUAUAAUUGGGUAACUUUCAAUUUAUUAGCUUGUCAUAAAAAGCAUUUUCUCUUGCACUAGGAAUGUCCUUUUUAGCUGGACUACAAUCAACACUUUUGGUACUUGAGCCAACAUAUGAAUCAGCUACAAAAAUGUCGAAAAUAUUUUAGAAUUUUUAAUUAUCGCUGACAAAACUUGACCAAUAAUUUGAAUGGUUUAAAUGAGUUUAUUAGUAGAUGUACAACAAAAAUCGAUACAGAAGAUACAGCUUGUAAACAUAAUCAAAAUCUUAUAGAGCACCUCAAGGCUCUGAGAAAUUUUAUAUGCAUCAAAAUAUACAGUAACCAAAAAACGAUUUGUGGCUUUUGUUUGCAAAAGUGCGUACGAUUAUUUAAAAAUGGGACCAAACGUUUGUUUGCCUCAUAUUGUCUAAAGGAUCAUUGCUCGUCGAUAAUACUGCAGCAACAGGUCGGGCAUCCUCAUAAAGCAUACCGUUGCUGCAUUACAAGCGAAGAUACGAAUUAUGAUGGAGGCGGUCGACGAUCACUAAGUAGCGCCUUCAUAAACUUUGACCAAAUAUUACUUAUCAAAAUUUUGAUUGACUGCCAAAAGGGUAUUUCUCACCAAGGACAUGUGUCAUUCACGAUAACUGAGUAAAGAGGAUGCCUGACGCCAAAAUACCCAACCUGUUGAUUUUGUCUGGAAUCGUCCAGAAUGGAAUGUGAGUUGGAAUGACAACUUAUUUUUUUAGUAUACGAAAUUCGGAAUACAUAUCCGUUUUAGAUGCUUAUUGUGCAUGCCGGUAUGUUCUUAGUGUUUUUUUUGUACAUAUAAUAAUGCCAUUUUAUAGUUUUUGAAUAGAUUUGAAUUUGAACAGGCUCAUACCAUGUAAAAAUUUUGAUAUUAAAGAAACGAUUUUUAAGGUAUUAAUAUCUGUCUUAUAUUGGCAAUUUUUUAUAUUCUAAACAUAAAUUAUCCAUAAAUGGCAUAUUUAAUUUUAAAAUCAGGAUUAGUUUCGUGCAAACAAAUUGCAUUUGUGUGCAACUUCCACAAAUAUAACACCAGACUCACAAUUCAAUAUCGUGCAAUCAGUGUUUCUGAUCCUAUAAAGCACAAUUUCAUGUAGAUUCAUCAAGCUAUACUGUGCUUGCAGUUGCAGUUAUAGUCAUGAUUGUAAUGAGCUCCGGAGCAGUAUCAGAAGUUUUGCAUUUCGUGGUUUGCUGAUCUGGCCUACAAGUGUGUAAAGUUUGAAAAUUAUUCUUCAAGCUUUCCUGUUAAGGCUAUCAGAAUUCAAUAUAGUUUUGAAAUAAUUUGCCCGAACAUUUUGAGAAAAUAUGGAAGGCAUAUUAACAAGUGUGUUUAAAGGCUUAUAUGCCCUGCAUAAAUUACUCAUGGUAAUGUCGACCUGAAUGUGCAUGUAAUAAUAGGUGAUUAUUAUGAUAGUGGAGAUUAUGAUAAUGAUUAAGUGAUACUCGAAGACUAUAGGCACAAUAAUUGACUAAUUUCAAUAUCAUUAAAACACUAAUACGGAAACAAACGCAAUUGAGACAUGAUAGUAUAAGCCAUUUCAUAUCUUUGGGUGUUUAUUUUUGCAAACGGAGAGAGACUGUACAGAGUUGAGACCAAUAAUAUAAUAAAUAUAGAUAAAUAUGCAUUCAUAAUGAAUUUCAAUUUUUAAGAUGCAUAUUUUCACGUAAUUUAGAAAGGUUGCAUUAGAAAGGUUGAUACAUUGGUGGACGUGCUCUGUUUGCGUCGUUUAAACUAGUGAAGAUAGAUCGACGAAUUAUUGUACUCGUAAAGAAUUCGUUAAAUAUAUUUCGAUGUAAUUCAAUUUAAAUAUAAUUUGGUUUACUUUCGUACAAGUAGAUAAAGCCAUCACAUCUACACCGAUAUGUCUCGAACGAUCAUUCUUGUACAUUGACAACGAUCCGGAAAAAA